AUGGUUCAAUUCUCUGAAGAAACCAAGGUUGGUCAUCCACCCCCCUCUCUGCGAAUGCUCAAUGGCUCACACUCCCAUUUUUCUUCUCCAGGAACGGGUCUCGAAGAUCAUCGAUGUUUCGAGAGUCGCUAUACACUAUGGCUACUUGCCUCUGAUCGUGUAUCUGGGUAUGACAUGAUUCUGGGGUUGUUGCUGAAUUGGCAUGUCUCUGAGGAAAUCCAUGGCUGA